AUGUCUGGGAUCACUGGGAAUUCUGAUUGCGAGGAGUGUUUAUCUUCGGCACAUGUGGCCAACAACAGCACGGAGUUACACCCGCACUACGAUGACGACGAACUUCUGAGAUACAUCUGGAGAGAGUACUUACACCCCAAGCAGUAUGAAUGGGUUCUCAUUGUGGCUUACAUUAUUGUCUUCUUCGUCUCACUCAUUGGGAACUCGUUGGUUUGUUUUGCAGUGUGGAAAAACCGUCACAUGCGCACCGUGACCAACUACUUCAUAGUGAAUCUCUCCUUUGCCGAUGUCUUGGUCACCAUCAUCUGCCUGCCUGCGAGUCUGGUCGUAGACAUUACAGAGACGUGGUUCUUUGGAAAAACUCUUUGCAAAAUUGUGCCUUAUCUGCAGACCAUCUCUGUUUCGGUAUCAGUCCUAACACUGAGUUGCAUUGCCCAAGACCGUUGGUAUGCGAUCUGCCACCCGCUGAAGUUCAAGAGCACAGCAAAGAGGGCUCGCAAGAGUAUUGUCGUUAUUUGGGUUGUGUCCUGCAUCAUUAUGAUCCCUCAGGCUAUUGUGAUGGAGUGCAGCAGCUUGCUGCCUCAACUAACAAACAAGACCAGCCUGUUCACAGUGUGUGAUGAACAUUGGGGAGCUGAGAUCUACCCAAAGGUGUACCACAUCUGUUUCUUCAUUGUUACAUACUUUGCACCCUUAUGUCUCAUGGUCUUGGCGUACAUCCAGAUAUGUCACAAGCUGUGGUGUCAACAGAUUCCUGGAAGCACAUCAGUGUUGCAGAGGAAGUGGAGGUCCAUGCAGUGCUCAGCUUCGGCUCCGGGGCCGGGAGAGCCCAUGAGGGUCAGGACCAGCACGGUUAGUGCAGAGGUCAAACAGGUCCGGGCCCGAAGAAAGACGGCUCGCAUGCUGAUUGUGGUGCUCUUUGUUUUCACCCUGUGUUACCUGCCAAUCAGCGUGCUGAAUGUCAUGAAAAGAGUCUUUGGGACUUUCAAGAAAACAAAUGACAGAGAGACAGUGUAUGCAUGGUUCACUUUCUCACAUUGGCUCAUAUAUGCCAACAGUGCAGCAAAUCCCAUCAUCUACAAUUUUCUCAGCGGGAAAUUCCGCGGGGAGUUCAAAGCAGCCUUUUCUUGCCAAGGUCAAAAUCAAACACAGAGGACGAGGCCCAUAGCGAGCACAGACAGCCGGAAGUCGCUGUCAACUCAAGUGAACAACGUGGACAAUUUGUCACGCAUAUCAGAUCAGGUAGUGUAGUCUUAUAAUCCAGGUGGGAAAUUCUUUUGACAAAUUCAUCAUUAAGGUAGACAUAAAAUAACAGAUAUUUGAAUAGACAGUAAAGUCUCAGCAUUUUCACAAGGACAAUUAAGAGCUUUAGAGAAAUGACCAGCGUUUUCUGAAGACCUUCUCACUGAUCCUGAACACAGUAGGACAUGGCAAUCAUUUGUAAUUUUAGUCUUUUAGUAUCAAACGACACCAUUUGAAUGUUUAGUAUUUAAAGGUGCGAUGUGUAAUUCCUGGCUACAUGCUCCAACCAAAUAGGGGGAAACAAGUGUUAUAAUACAGGGCU